AGCAAAAUUGCUGCAUAUGAGUGCGCAAAGAUAGAUACUACCUACAAAAACGGCACCAUGCUGCAAUUUGGUAAUAAGCUUAGGACGUUCGUAAAUUUACUGACUCAGCAAAAAGUGGCUGAAAAAGAGAUUAAAAAAAAAUCAUUAAAAACGAGAUAA